GCUGUACACUUGGUGUAAUGACGUCAUUCUGAGUCAAAACAAAGCGCCUCCGCUCUUUCAGCACCGCAUACUCUCACUCAGUCAGUGGACAGCUCCUUCUUCAAAACUAAUGGAUUGAUUGAGGAUCACAGUCGGUGCAAAAAAGAGCACAAACGAGAGACUAAAGGAGAUAAAGCAAAAGCCUUUUUUCAAGAGACGAACCUGUUGAAAAACGAAGCUUGCAUUUCGUGUUUUAAAAUGUAAUCCGUAUCGAAAUUAACAAGUGUAAAAACCUGGAUUUUUUUUAUGUAUCGAUACAAAAAAUAUUUUAAAUGCUAACUUUACCGUUAAUUGACAUAAUGCUACAGUUUGUAGACUGGUGUUCAAAUUCCAGCAUGGAUGGCUUUAAAUGGGACCGUGCAUAAGGACUGCAGCUUUCUUUUGAAAUAAGGAUCAGAACCAUCACCCAAAAUGGAUCCAACACCUGAAUAUUCCCUCUUCCUGGAAAGGAUCUUGGAAGAGCUAGACACAAAGCACAGUAGUGUUUCUUAUCAGGAUCUGUGUAAAUCCCUGUGUGCCAGGUUUGAUUUGGCUCACCUGGCCAAACUAAGGAGCCUUCUGUUUUAUACAGCUUGCUUGGACCCCAGUUUCCCUGCAACCUUGUUUAAAGAUAAGAUGAGGUGCUCAAUGGACAACCAGCAAUCCAAGAAGAUAAUGGUCGCCGCAGACAUUGUCACCAUGUUUAACUUGAUUCGAAUGAAUGAUGAGGAAGCCAAGGAAAAAUUACCCGUUGCACAGCGGCCCAAAUUCCAUAAACAUCAGUCUAUCGAAUCAUGUCGGUCAGACUCUGAAAUAUGCAAAUAUUCUGACUGCGUAACAAACUGCGAUUUGUUAGAUGCCAGGGCACACUCAAGCUCCCGCACGUCACCAUGUCCCAAAUCAAACUGCAGCAACCCACAGCAGUUCAUUCAAACCUCUGAUCCAAACUUCUUGCUGGGAGUUAAUAAGGAAAUGAAAUGCAGGGCUGCUUCACUUGACCGGCUUCAGAUGCUGCAUCAGUUUUCAAACAGAAGUCCUCCACCUUGUGAAAUGCAGAGCACCUACUUUCCAAUGGAUAUCGACAGCGAAUCCACGGACCAGGACUCAUUGCAUAUGAAUUUGGGGAUUAAGGAGACUUUUAUUUCAAACGCAGAGCCUUUUACAGUACACUCCUGUGUGCAGAAGAGAACUAUAUUCAAGGAAGACUUCCACAAUCUUGCUGCAUUUACACCACAGGUCCUCACUACAGAUUCGCAACCAAGUGAUAAAGGGGUCGGAGGGCACAACAGGAGGGAGACUCAUAAGCCAGCUACUUUUUUUAAUCACAGUUUUGAACUGCCAUAUAGCAAUCCCUACUUUGAGCCCAUAAGCUCCCCUGUACAAGAGAAAAGACGAGCAAAACAUGAAAGUCUGGAUGAUCUGCAAACAUCCACUUACUUUGGACCCACCACUGUGAUGGAAGCCCCAAACCUAAGGAGACCAUCAUCAAGGCAGAGCAAACAAACAGCCUGGCCCGUCAAAAGUUUGAGUCUGAACACAGAAGAAGGACCCAAUUUUGAAGCAUCUUUUUUUAACGGAAAGCAGUCAAAAGACAACCAUCGUCUGAAUGUCAGUAACAUGGAAAAGGGUCAGCAUUACCAGUGCUCCAAAGAGCAAACAGCAAUUUCUCCAUCAGGGUUUGGUAUCAAAUCCAAUGGUCAAAAAAUGAAAGAAAUGAGUUCCAAGUCUAGCGGUCCGUCUGCGGAAAAGAGGGACGGCAUGAAAAGGUUUAAAGACAAAAGUAUGAAUUGUACAUCUUUGCAGGCAGUGGAUAUAGACAACACUUCAAGUGUAGGAACACAAACCGAUCAACCUGACCAGAGAAAGAAGAAGGAGUUUUCUAACACAAAACACAUGAAAUAUGGAGAAAGGCACACUUUCAAGCAUUCUGAUGAGGAUUCAGAAGUGGUCAGUGAUGAUAUCAGUGAUAUUUUUCGAUUCCUGGAUGACAUGAGUGUUUCCGGCUCUACUGUUAUCCAGUCAUCCCGUUACAACAGCAAUGGGUCCCUGUCUCAAGUGACAAGAUCAGAAGGAGAUAGCUCACCCGAGCACAACAUGGUCGCAAAGUACAGCAAAAAGUUUGACAAAUUAUUUUAUUCACAAGAAAGUGCAGAUGAUGAUCUGAAGGCCAGUGUGUGCAAACUGGUCCUCAGGAUAGGAGAGAUAGAGAAGAAACUUGAGACUCUUUCUGGGGUUCGAGAUGAGAUCUCUCAGGUUCUUUCCAAGCUGAAUAAGCUGGAUGAAAAGAUCCAAGAACCGGAAUCAAACAACAAGCAAAAUGAACUGGACCUGGCCAAUGAAGAUCAUUUAGAUAAUAAUGUCUCACCAAGAAUCUUCCAGUGCCAUACCACUGGCCACGCCAUCAAACAGGACAACAACCCGGAAUGGUGUUGUUCAGAUGUCAGUGGAAGUAAUAGUGAAAGUUUAAGGGUUAAAGCUUUGAAAAAGAGUUUAUUUACCAGAAGGUCGUCCAGAUCCUUAACGGAGGAGAACAGUGCUACAGAGUCCAAAAUUGCGAGCAUCUCCAAUUCUCCAAGGGACUGGAGAGCUACCUCCUACUCCAUCUCUGCCAGUGAGGAGAUGAAGGAAAAGGAGAGAGAAAGCAAGGAACGGCACAGGAAGUCCAAAGAGACAGACAGGCAGUACGAAAUCCCCCAGGCACACAGGUCCUCGAAGCAGCCGAAAGAUUCCUACUUGAUAGAGCAGGUCUUCAGCCCUCACCCCUUCUCCACGUCUGUCAAAUCGCACAAGAGCAACCCUCUCUACACGGACAUGAGGCUGACAGAGAUGUCAGAGUCCAAGCGACCCCAUCCUUCGUGGACAAUCGAGGAAUACAAACGAAACUCAGGGGAGAAGGGGAAGCUAGCAGUGCUGGAUCUGCAAACUCAAGAAUCUUUAAAUCCAAACAAUUUAGAGUUCUGGAUGGAGGACAUUUACACGCCAGGCUACGAUUCCUUACUCAAGCGCAAGGAGGCUGAGUUCAGGAGAGCGAAGGUUUGUAAGAUCGGGGCUCUGAUUGCAGCGGCAGUCUGUACAGUGAUCUUGGUCAUAGUGGUCCCAAUUUGCACUAUGAAAUCAUAACAUGUAAAAGUUGUUGUAUUAUAUACAGCUGAAAUGUUAUUCUUAAAACCAAUUUAACAAAAAUUAUAUAAAUAUAUGUAGCAGUGGGUUGACAAGAAAACUGUGUCAAGAUUUUUGUAAACAAUGCUCACAGAGGAUAUGUACAUUUCAUUGUGAAUAUUUUCAAAUUAAAGAUGCAUCAGGUUGAUUGUAUUUUGAGAAUACUUUUGAGGUUUAUUUUCUAUUAUCAUUUUCUAUUAUAUUACUUUAGCUAAAGAAUAUCAAGUGUUUGAAACAUGGUCAGGAUCUGUUUUUUAAAUGUAGUUAAUUCAUGUUUGAGUGCAGAAAAGGGAAUGGAGUGGCUUCAGAAGUAUUUAUUUUUGCGUUGAAGGAAACACUUUUAAAGUACGUACAAAAUAAGUUCAUUGAGGAAUAUAAAUGCAAUUUAAAACAUCCUGAGAGAGAGAGAGAGAGAGAGGAUUUUAUUUUCCACUACCCAUAAAAUACAGUACUCCCAGUUUCUGAUACUUCAAUUGUCUACAAUAUACAUCUAAACCAUCCAACAUUAGGAACACUAUGCAAAAUGCAUUGCAUUGUAGCAGAGAACAGAUAUGUCAGGGGACUGUCAUUAAGGCAGGGAACAAAUCAGAAUGAUAGCACUGCUAUUGCAAUAGCUAUUGUAUGACUACUGAGUAACAGAGCCUUGUCUGUGAAACAGUAAAUGCACUAAUGUCUAAUUUAACAGUGUGCUAAUUAUUGAGAAAUAGGGCUUGUAUUAUAUAGUGUCACUAUAGUGUAUAAUUUAUUUCAGGCUUAAGUUGAAACACUAAGAGAUGCCAUGCAGUGUGAUGAAGUUAGAAAUGUUUCGAGGGCAAACCAGUACUGUGUAUACAGAAUGAGAAACACGGUUAUGCAUUGAUUAUGAUAUUGAUUUAUGAUCCAUUAAAAUAAUAAUAAUAAAAAAUAACCACAGGGUCUGUUUUAAUGAAGUAAACUGUGGCAGAACUAAAAUCCCGCCACCUCUUAAUUCUAUAUAAACCCCACAGGUGUUUUCAGGUUAAUACAUUGCCCCCGCAUAACAUCCUUGAAUAAUAUAAAAGGACAGUGGAAACAGGUCUGUGGUUGAAGUUCGGGAGUAAUAGGCUAGUCAUGUUCAGAGCUGCGAUUGUGUAGAUCCUUUAAGUCUUGGGUACUUACUGGUUGUCGUAGAUCUAUCUCAGUUACUUAUUACUUUGUUAUCCACUUCUUGUCUGCUCGCAACGCUCCGGCCCUGGUGCUCAGUAGAAUCCUGCUACCAUUCAACCAGGCAGUGAAAGUCUCACCACAUAACUGUCCCGCCCAUUGAGUAACGUGGUAUCAAGCGCUUCUAACUCAGCCUGCCGAUAUGUAAUCUCUUCAAGGGCCGAAGAAACAGUAAUUGCUGCCAAUCUAAACGUCCCCUUCAAUGUCAGUGUUCCAAUCACACCUUCAUUAAUAUCUCUGUACACAAAGGUACAUGUAGCUGAAUUGACUGACCUUGGAUACAGACAUCAAUUACUGUAGGGCGAUGGGGAUGAUGGGCAGGGCUUUUGAAUGUAAUAAGUUUACAAAAACCUUGUGAUCAGUCUUGUGACCCUGCCUUUAAUAUAUAAACUGUGAUCUGUUGCAUACUGUAGUCUUUUAUAAAUAAUUUCAGUGUUAAUACAAAUGCAUUAUGUAAGCACUGGUGUAACGACAGUAGAAUAUUAAAACAUUA